UAAGCACCAUUCCGCUUACGCUUCCUUGGCGUCGAUCGACAACAUCUGCAAUGGCGAAGAACCACGGUGCCGCCGGUCUCCUGAUCGCGUCCCUUCUCGUCGCGGUCACCCUCGCCGACGCCAGGGUCGCCGUGCAGGUGCGCCGCGACCUGAACGAAGCAGAUCACGUGGUGCCGGCGAGCGACGCGAAGGCGGCGGCGGCGCUGACGUGCAGCAAGGUGCAGGGGCUGAAGGCGGGCGAGACGUGCUUCUCCGUCGCGCUGCUCGGAGGACUGACCCUCGAGUCGUUCCUCGUCUUCAACCCCAACAUCGACUGCGGCAAGACCUUCGUCGGCCAGUGGGUCUGCCUCCACGCUUCCACUGCUUGACAAGCUGCUGCACGUACGCACCCGUGCACCGACCACCGCUAGCGCUAUGAAUCGAGGCGCCGGGUGCUCUCCUGCUCGUACUUCCCUUGCAAAGUGUGCUUGCUGCUUGCUCCUUUUUGUUUGUCUGAGAGAUGUUGCUUGGUGUUAUCUGGUGUGAAGUAGCCCGUCGGUGUGUGUUUGUUGUA